AUGAGCCUGCGCCUAUCCCUUCGGGGAUCCAACUUCACCACCACCAUUAACGUCUGCGCUCCACCAAUGACCGGCUCAGACGAGGCGAAGGCAAAGUUCUACGAAGACCUACACGCCCUUCCGAAGUCCGUGCCAAAGGCAGAUAAGUUGACAGUCCUUGAUGACCUCAAUGCCCGCGUUGGGAUAGACUGUGCUGUCCGGAGUGGGGUGUUCGGUCCUCACGGAAUCGCCAGUUACACCAACAAUGACCUGUUCCUGCUACGAACAUACGCAGAACACCGUCUCCUGCUGAACAACACUUUUCCUCAUCUUCUGCUGAGAGAGAAGGCCACCUGGAUGCACCCCCGAUCGUGGCGCUGGCAGCUGCUGGACUAUGUUUUCGUUCGAUAG